UAGUAGAGAUAGGGUUUCACCAUGUAAGCCAGGCUUGUCUCAAACUCCUGACCUCGAGUGAUCCUCCUGCCUUGGCCUCCCAGAGUGCUGAGAUUACAAAUAGGCAUGAGCCACAGCACCCGGCCCCAAUGUACUUUAAAUAAACCAUCUCAAAAGAAAAGCAAAAGCAAAAUAAAUAAAGCAAUCGAAUUAAACAAUAACUCGGUAAACAUUAUCAAUGUAACUAUGGGGGACGUUAAUAGGAAUGAAAUGCUUUCCAGGAUUACAGUACUUACAUUCUCAAAAAUUUUCUAUUGAAGUCCGUUUCCAAAACCUGAACCAUGGGGAACAGUAGGACUGAAAACCAUAAGGUUGACCUUGGGUGGCCACUCUCCGAAGUAAGAUCUCCUUUGCUGCAAGUAAGACCAGAUCCCACUACGCUGAGGCGCACCAGCGUGGGCUUGUCCGGCGUGCACGAGCCCUCGGUGAGCGGCACCAAGCACCGCAGUGUCGUGUACAGCAGCAACGUUAGCACCAACAGGCUGGACACCACUCAGAUAGCAAUGAUCAGGUACACGUUGACAUCCACCAGUGCUGCCUCCCGGACCUCGACGCCUGCCAACGCGUGUGAUGAGACUUUCCUCGCCUGUCUGCUCUCCGCCAGCGACACCACCACGGUGGUGGUGGCAGUCAGCGCCAUCUCGCGGUGGUCCUUCAUCAGCACCAGCAGGCGGUGGCUCGUAGCUUUCGCCUUGUUCAGGGUACUCGUGCUGAUCUCGCCCAUGCACAGCCCCACGUGGAACGGGUGCUGCCAGCUGACAAAGGCAGCACUUGUGACAACCAGACGUCGUAACUGGAGUCCACCGCGCGCACCUUCGCCACCACGUGGCCUGCACACACUGAAUGCGGGACCAGCUCACUCACAGCGCCGCCAUUCCACCCAAGGCGCCAGCAGCGCCGACAAAGUUGUCGUUCCAGCACUAAUACGCAGCGUCACGCUGCUGCCCAGAGGCGGCAUGCCAGCUUCGCGCGCUCUCACCUGGAACUGCAGCAGCUCCAGCUCCUCGUGGUCCAGUCGCUGGAGCGCGUACAGCUUGCCGCUCUCCGCGUGCACCGACACAUGGCUAGACAGCGCGCGCUCACCCACCCGCUGUUCCAUCAACAGCACGUUCUUCUGCGCGUACGGGUCCCGCGCGGACACUGUGAAGCCGUGGCAGCCCCGCAGGUUGUUAUCUUUCACGAACACCAUGUACUCGGGCUGCCCGAACGCCGGUGCGUCGUGGUUCACUGUUCGGUCACUUCCACGGACCCCAUGGCUGUGGCUCACAAUGAAAGCGAGUCCCCAUUCCGCGCGAUUACCACCAAUUGAUAGAUUUGCUCUCUUUGUCCAGGGCGCUGUGGAGCACCAAGGAAUAGGUUCUCGGCGGGGCCUAUUGAAGGUGGAAGCCAGCUUGAAGAGACGUGAGGCGUCAGGGUGCGGGUCACCUGUUGCUUGGCACUGA